AAAGCCGGGGUUUCAUUCAUCGGGCCUUCGCGAAGCAGAAGCCCGAGACCACCGACUAUCCUUAACGUUAGCAUCCUUUCACCCAGGCGCCGAGAUUGGGCGAAUAGCGAGCAAAUACGUCCGCGUUUCUCUGCCUGCUCCCCCACCGGCCUCCCUUCCUCCAUCCCCGGCGCUGACAGCAGACAAGGCCGAGGUCGUCUUAGUGCAGGCCCAGCCGCAAAGGCUCGACCUGUUUACCCAACCUCCGCGUCCUCUGACUCCCAACCAGUCUCUGCCCGCGGAACCGCCACCAGACCGGCCCGAGGGAGACAAAGAGCCCAGGCAUCAUCUCAUCCUUUCAGCCGCCACCAUGAACCACCAUCACACCCAGCAGCAGCAGCAGAAAGCCGGCGAGCAGCAGCUCAGCGAGCCCGAGGACAUGGAGAUGGAGGCUGGGGACCCAGAUGAUCCUCCAAGAAUUCCACAGAAUCCAGUCAUCAAUGGGAACGUGGCUAUGGCAGACGGACACAACAACACAGAGGAGGACAUGGAGGAUGACACAAGCUGGCGUUCUGAAGCCACUUUCCGCUUUGUGGUGGAGCGCUUUAGCAGGCUGAGUGAGUCUGUGCUCAGCCCACCCUGUUUUGUGAGAAAUCUGCCCUGGAAGAUCAUGGUGAUGCCCAGGUUUUAUCCAGACAGACCUCACCAGAAGAGCGUCGGAUUCUUCCUUCAGUGCAAUGCUGAGUCAGACUCCACGUCCUGGUCAUGUCAUGCUCAAGCCAUGCUUAAAAUAAUCAACUACAAAGACGAUGAAAAGUCCUUCAGUCGCCGCAUAAGUCACCUGUUCUUCCACAAGGAAAAUGACUGGGGCUUUUCCAACUUCAUGUCAUGGAGCGAUGUGACUGAUCCGGAACGGGGCUUUGUAGAGGAUGAUAAGGUCACUUUUGAGGUCUAUGUUCAAGCCGAUGCACCUCAUGGUGUGGCCUGGGAUUCAAAGAAACACACUGGUUAUGUGGGGUUGAAGAAUCAAGGAGCCACAUGUUACAUGAACAGCUUACUGCAGACUCUUUUCUUCACAAACCAGCUUCGGCGGGCGGUUUAUAUGAUGCCCACUGAGGGAGAUGAUUCCUCUAAAAGUGUCCCCCUCGCCCUGCAGAGGGUGUUCUAUGAGCUCCAGCACAGUGAUAAGCCUGUUGGGACGAAGAAGCUGACCAAGUCUUUUGGAUGGGAAACUUUAGACAGUUUCAUGCAGCAUGAUGUACAGGAACUUUGCAGAGUGCUGUUGGACAAUGUGGAGAACAAGAUGAAAGGAACUUGUGUGGAGGGCACAAUCCCAAAGCUUUUCCGAGGGAAGAUGGUGUCUUACAUUCAGUGUAAGCAUGUGGACUACAGGUCAGAAAGAAUAGAGGAUUACUAUGACAUCCAGCUCAGCAUAAAAGGAAAGAAAAACAUCUUUGAGUCAUUCAAGGAUUAUGUGGCUGUGGAACAGCUGGAUGGGGACAACAAGUAUGAUGCCGGGGAGCAUGGUCUGCAGGAAGCAGAGAAGGGUGUGAAAUUCUUGACCUUUCCUCCCAUCUUGCACCUGCAGCUUAUGAGGUUCAUGUAUGAUCCUCAGACUGACCAAAACAUUAAGAUAAACGACAGGUUUGAGUUCCCAGAGCAGUUACCUCUGGAUGAGUUUCUGCAGAAACCAGACGUGAAAGACCCAGCCAACUACAUUCUCCACGCUGUAUUGGUACACAGCGGAGACAACCACGGGGGCCACUACGUCGUCUACCUUAAUCCUAAAGGAGACGGCAAAGUGAGUGUCACCGCACCAAUAUGGUGUAAAUUUGACGAUGACGUCGUUUCACGGUGCACUAAAGAAGAGGCGACUGAACACAAUUACGGUGGUCACGAUGACGACUUGUCAGUGCGUCACUGCACCAACGCUUACAUGUUGGUGUAUAUCCGAGAGUCAAAGCUCAGUGAGGUCCUGCAGCCGGUCACAGACAUGGACAUCCCACAGCAGCUAGUGGAGAGGCUGCAGGAGGAGAAGCGGGUGGAGGCUCAGAAGAGGAAAGAGAGGCAGGAGGCUCACCUUUACAUGCAAGUACAGAUGGUGACAGAAGACCAGUUCUGUGGACAUCAGGGCAACGACAUGUAUGAUGAGGAAAAAGUCAAAUACACAGUGUUCAAGGUUCUGAAGAGCUCCACGCUGGCUGAGUUUGUCCAGAACCUCUCGCAGACCAUGGGUUUCCCACAGGACCAGAUGAGACUCUGGCCAAUGCAGGCCAGAAGCAAUGGCACUAAACGGCCGGCCAUGUUGGAUUAUGAAGCCGAUUGCAACAAGUCUAUGAUCGACUUGAGCGAUAACGAGAACCCAUGGACAAUAUUUCUGGAAACUGUAGAUCCAGAAAUGGCUGCCAGUGGUGCAACAUUACCCAAGUUCGACAAAGACCAUGACGUUAUGUUGUUCUUGAAAAUGUAUGAUCCAAAAACCAGAAGCUUAAAUUAUUGUGGACAUAUCUACACACCUAUAUCCUGUAAAAUACGAGACUUGCUGCCCGUCAUGUGUGAAAGAGCAGGGUUUCAGCAGGGAACUAGCCUUAUCCUCUAUGAGGAAGUUAAACCGAAUUUAACAGAGAGAAUACAAGACUAUGAUGUCUCCCUGGACAAAGCUCUGGACGAGCUGAUGGAUGGAGACAUAAUUGUGUUCCAGAAGGAUGAUCCUGAAAAUGACACCAGUGAGCUGCCUACUGCGAAAGACUACUUCAGAGACUUGUACCACCGUGUGGAUGUCAUCUUCUGUGACAAGACCAUUCACAACGACCCAGGAUUUGUUGUCACACUGUCAAACCGAAUGAACUACUUCCAGGUGGCAAAGACUGUUGCACAGAGGUUAAAUACUGACCCAAUGCUCCUACAGUUCUUCAAGUCACAGGGGUACAGAGACGGCCCAGGCAACCCUCUCAGGCACAACUAUGAAGGCACUCUCAGAGACCUGCUGCAGUUUUUCAAGCCCCGGCAGCCUAAGAAGCUGUACUACCAGCAGCUCAAGAUGAAGAUCACAGACUUUGAGAACAGGAGGAGUUUCAAAGCCAUAUGGCUCAACAGUAUGUUUCGAGAGGAGGAGAUCACACUAUAUCCUGACAAGCAUGGCUGUGUUCGGGACCUACUGGAGGAAUGUAAAAAAGCAGUGGAGCUUUCUGACAAAGGCUCGGAGAAGCUAAGGCUGUUAGAAAUUGUCAGCUACAAAAUUAUUGGGGUUCACCAGGAAGACGAAUUGCUAGAAUGUUUAUCUCCAGCAGCCAGUCGAACAUUCAGAAUAGAGGAAAUUCCUCUGGACCAGGUGGAUCUGGACAAGGAGAACGAAAUGCUGAUUCCAGUUGCACAUUUCCAUAAGGAAGUCUUCGGGACAUUCGGAAUUCCUUUUUUGCUCAAGAUUCGUCAGGGGGAACCCUUCAGAGAAGUGAUGAAGAGAAUUCAGAGCAUGCUUGACAUUCAGGAGAAAGAAUUUGAGAAGUUCAAGUUUGCAAUAGUGAUGAUGGGCCGGCAUCAGUAUAUCAAUGAGGAAGAUUACGAGGUGAAUCUGAAAGACUUUGAGCCACAGCCUGGGAACAUGUCGCACCCAAGGCCUUGGUUAGGGCUCGACCACUUCAACAAAGCUCCAAAGAGAGGUCGCUACACGUAUCUGGAAAAAGCGAUCAAGAUUCACAACUGACAAGCCCCUCACUCUAACCGACCAUACUAAAGACUUUAACCAAACCUCUUGUGUGCACCACUUUUAACACCUGCUGUCUGGGUACACAGGCACCAUGUAUGAAGUCUUCAGCGAAUGGAGUGACUGCUGAUGCUCCUGUUUUCCUUUUGAGGCUGUUCGAUUUGGCUUCUCUAACUAUUGACUGCCUAUUUGUCUGGAAGAAUGAAUUGGAUUUUAACAAGGGGGAACAGUAUGUCCUAGACUUUUUUUUUUUGUUUGUUUGUUUGUUUUGAUUUUGAUUUUUUAUUUUUUUCCUUUUCUUUUCUUUAUUUUUUUCUUUUAAGUUGGUUUUUAAAAGAUUUGUUACGGCAAAGAAAGCUGCUGCAUUGUGAGGUGGAGGCGAUGGAAGGUGUUUUUGUCAUUUGCAGAAGAUUUAAAAAGGAAACAUUCAUACUUCAAGAAGAAAAAAAACAAACAGAGUAAUCCCCACAAAAUGGCUGAGGCUUUUUUUUUUUGCUAGUUGCCCUGAUGACAUGGUUGUCUCAUUUUUCUGGUCGCCCUUAGUGCAACUAGACAAUUUUCAUGUUUACACGAUUCUUCUUCUUUCUCACUUAGUUUGGUUGGAGAAAUUCAGUUUGUCUUCUCUGGAGAUCUUGUAUAAUAAAGUAAAGAGCCACAGCAUUCGUUUUAAAAAUAAAUAAAAAUGAAAUAAAUUGUCUGUACUUCAUCUUGCACGUUGGCACUUAAUAUCCAAGGGUUUACAUUUCUCAGCACUGUUAAAUGUAAUCUUUGGUUGGAGUUUGAUUUGCAUAUCCCUUUGGUUUCUCCUCCUUUUUAUUCUUUCCCCCAUGAAGUGUUUCUUUUCCCCUUUCGUUAGUCAGCGGUUGUGGGAAUAUUCUGAUGGGUGGGAAGAGAGUCUAUUCGCUCACGGCUCCAAAUUCGCUGUUCUGUUUGUUGACACGAGGCCGCGGUCGUGUAGUAGACUGGUUCGGGACGUAGAGAAACCAGCAUUAAUGAACCAAUACUUUUUUUCAUUCAUUUUUUUUUUCUUUCAGCACAGAAGGAAUGCUCCCUAGUGCAUAGUUGGCUUUGUAAAAACAAUUAAAUUGUAUAUUUAAAGAAUGAACAUGUACAAUUAAAAACACCGAUUUGUUGGGUACAGAUCAAUUCAGAUGUUCAUAUUCAUUGUGUGUAGUUUUAUUUUGGAUCCUGACAGUUUUCAUUUGGUCUUUUUUUUCUUUAACUAAUUGCAACCGUUUGUCUCGUUUAAGUGCAGUACAAAGAUGACCUGCAGAUCGCAUCUUUUUUGAUUUUUGAUUUUUUUUUUUUCUCUCCAUUCUAAUUCCUCCGUGUAGCAGCAGUGUACGACAACUCUUCCUGUAUAUUGCCUUUUUGCUGGAAAAUGUAUGUUGAAUAAAAUUUUCUAUAAAAGCUA